AUGGACGCUGGCGAGGACAAGCUCACCAAAGAUGUCUCGCCCGACCCGUCCGCGGUGCAGGGCUUCUCGCACCAUGCCGAGAACAUCACCACAGACCGCGAGCCCUAUGGCCCGCCCGGCCUGCGCGGGCUGCUGAGCAACCCAUUUGUCUUCCUCUGCGCCGCAUGUUCGACAUUGGGCGGAUUGGUCUUCGGCUACGACCAGGGCGUGGUGUCGGUCAUUCUAGUCAUGAACCAGUUCCUCGACCACUUUCCGCGUGUGGCGGAGAGCCAUGCUGGAUCGGGUUUCUGGAAGGGCCUAAUGACUGCGAUGAUCGAGUUGGGUGCGUUGAUAGGCGCUUUGAAUCAAGGCUGGAUUGCAGAUCGCAUUUCCCGGCGGUACUCUAUUCUUGUUGCGGUGGCAGUCUUCACUCUCGGCUCGGUGCUGCAGACCGCUGCUGUUGACUACCCCAUGUUGACUGUGGCCCGGUUGAUCGGUGGUGUGGGGAUUGGCAUGCUCUCUAUGGUGGCGCCGUUAUAUAUCUCGGAAAUCAGUCCACCCGAGUGCCGCGGCACGCUUCUCGUCCUAGAAGAAUUCUGCAUCGUCCUCGGCAUCGUGAUCGCCUUCUGGAUCACCUUCGGGACCCGGUACAUGACCGGCGAAUGGGCAUGGCGGCUGCCAUUCCUACUCCAAAUGAUCCCGGCUUUCGUCCUUGCAGGUGGAGUACUAGCACUCCCAUUCUCGCCGCGAUGGCUCGCCUCGAAGGGCCGGGAUGAUGAGGCGCUCCAGAGUCUCUGCAAGCUGCGCCGGCUGCCUGCGUCAGAUAAGCGUGUGCGCCAGGAGUUGAUGGAUAUCCAGGCCGAAGUGCGGUUCCAUCAGGAAAUGAACGCGGAGAAGCACCCGGGCCUACAGGGCGACGGGGGCAAGAACUCGAUCUUGCUGGAGCUGGCUUCGUGGGCAGACUGCUUUAAGAGUGGGUGCUGGCGCCGGACGCAUAUUGGGAUUAUGAUUAUGUUCUUCCAGCAGUUCGUCGGAAUUAAUGCCCUAAUCUACUAUUCCCCCACGCUCUUCAAGACCAUGGGCCUGAACUACGACAUGCAACUCAUCAUGUCCGGCAUUCUCAACGUGCUGCAGCUGGUCGGUGUCAUCACCUCCGUGUGGACCAUGGAUACUCUCGGCCGGCGCAAGCUGCUGCUUGGAGGAUCGGUGCUGAUGGCCGUCUCGCACAUUAUCAUCGCCGUUCUAGUCGGUCUGUAUCAUAAGGACUGGCCUCAGCAUCAAACGCAGGGCUGGGUUAGCGUGGCUUUCCUUCUGUUCUAUAUGGUUUCCUUUGGUGCUUCGUGGGGUCCUGUUCCUUGGGCGAUGCCAUCAGAAAUCUUCCCCUCCUCCCUUCGCGCCAAAGGCGUUGCCCUUGCGACCUGUUCCAACUGGCUGAACAACUUCAUCAUCGAAUUCCACUCCCCUUCAACCUCAGACCGCACCAUAACCUAUGUGCACCUAAACCCCGGAGCCCGCCACACCCUCCUAUACUGCUACGGCGCAGCACACACCUCCCUAAUCCUAGACCUCUAUUCCAAAUUCCUAGCCUCGCAUCCUAACCUCUCACUAUUAUGCAUCGACCGCUGGACACAAGGACCCAGCGCCGCGCGGACGGGACCAGCCCUAUUAUCCGAGUUAAGCGCCAUAACGCUCGAGCUCCUGGAUUUGCUCAAGAUUGAACAGUUCAGCAUCGCCUGCCAUUCCGCUGGCGUUUAUCAGAUGUUUGAUCUGGCGCGCGCCGCGCCAAUGAGGAUUGACCAUGUUUUCCCGAUGUCUUCGCAUAUCCCCGUUUCGUAUACUGGGUCCAGAAUGAUGGAGGCAAUGUGCUCGAUGCCGGGGUUUCUGUUUCGGGGUAUUACGAAGCUGGAUUCUAGUUUGGGUGAAUCAAGGGUUGGAAAAGUGCUUGUUGGGCUUGCGGCAAAGACGAUGGAUGGUGAAGAUGAGGAGGAGGGGGCACUUGUUGUUUCGCAGGCGGAUAGGAAGAGAGUUGCACAGCGGAUUGAGGAAGACAAUCUUCAAAACGAAGACAGGGCGAAGGCGAGGGUUGAACAGCUGGAUCUUGAUUAUCGGUUGGGAUACCGGCGCAUCGAGGGGAUAGACGAUGAUGUGCUCGCUGACUUUUAUCGGGACUGUACGGUCGAUGUGACGUGGUAUACAUCCGAUGGAGAUGUGUUCUUUGGACCGAAGAGCGCGGAGCGAAUUGUCAAGGAGAUGGAUAAGGUCCGGUCGAAGCAAGUUGUUAAUGUGUCUGAGGCGACGCAUGCGGAUAUUUAUCUAAGGACAAGGGUUUGGGAGGGGAUGUAUGCUAUUAUCACUGGGUCAAGGUGUGCUUGA